AUGCUGCUUGGCCAUCUUGAUGAAUAUUUUGACGAUGACCCCGAAAGACAGUAUACAGACCCGAGAUCGCCCUCGCCACAUAGUCCAAGAAAUUUAAAGUCCUUGAAUGAGUUAGCUGCGCAAGCCAAUGCGGACUUCAUUAUACACACCGGUGAUUUCGGUUUCUACGACGAGGAAUCUUUGAAGAGAAUCGCGGACAAAACCCUAAAACAUGUAGCCCAAUACUCUCCUCUUUUGUCCGAAAACCAAAAGCGCAUCAUACAGACUUCCCAGCCCACACAAUUUGAUGUCAAGAACCGAUUCUCCCCUCACGAACUUCAGCUCUCAGAAUUAGGACUGUUCAUCAACAAACAAUUGAAGCUUAAUGUGCCAGUCUACACAGUAUGGGGAGCUUGUGAAGACGUACGGGUCCUUGAAAAAUUUCGCUCGGGCGAAUAUAAGGUCGACAAUCUACACAUCAUCGAUGAAGCAAAUUCAAGAUUGCUGGAACUGGGAGGUGUCAAGCUAAGACUUCUGGGUCUAGGAGGUGCAGUGGUUAUGCAUAAGCUCUUCGAUAAUGGCGAGGGACGGACGACAAUAGCAGGAGGCCAGGGUACCAUGUGGACAACGUUGCUUCAAAUGGGUGAGCUGGUCGACACAGCAAACCGUGUCUAUGAUCCUACAGAAACUCGCGUCUUCGUCACCCACGCCUCACCCGCGCGAGAAGGUCUACUGAAUCAGCUAUCGGUUACUCUGAAAGCAGAUUUCUCGAUAUCGGCCGGCCUUCACUUCCGUUAUGGCAGCUCUUAUAAUGAGUUCAGCGUCAACCCGACGCUAGACCACUAUCGUGGUAAACUCGCAGCCUCAAAGGCAUCUUUCAAUGAUGUCUGGGACACCGUGAGGACGGAAGUCGAACCUGCGGUUUCACAAAACGACGCUCAGCAAACUUUGCUCAAUAAUGCGCUGGAGAUUGUGCACAAGAUGCCCAGUGUCGCCAAUGGUGGGAAUCCAUUUGGUGGAGGUCCAGCUCCAGGGCCUGGUGGUGUAGGCGCUGUUGACGAGAGCGCAUUUAAGAACAUGUGGAAUUUCAACCUUGCUGAUGCUGCAUUCGGUUAUCUGGUGCUUGAAAUUCAAGAUGGCAGGAUUGGUACAGAAAUGAGAGCUCAAGGGUUCAACUUUGCGCAUCGAAGCACUGCACCUAAAGCAGUACCUGGUGUCCAGAUACCCCCACAAGCUACGAACGCUCCUAUUCAAAGCACGGCCCCCCAACCAAACAACCGUGUCCCUACAGCCCCUUCGCAGCCCCAACACUUCAACCAAGGGGGCCAACCCGGGCAGCAGUCACGAGCACAGCAACCUCCACAGUCUCGUCCGACUGCCCCUCAACCACCACCUCAAGUACAGCAGCAGAACAGAGCACCUCAGAACCAAUCACGACCUGCGCCAGCGCCUGUUAACAACGUACCGCAACAAAAUGCUGUCAAGCCUGCGACUCCUCAGCCGACCACGCCUAGCGCAGCGGCGAGCUCGCCCAAGCCAGCUCAAACACAACAGAGUAAAGCGCCGGCCCAAGCAGAGGGUCGCAAUGGUGCUACAGACAAAGGCGCUCCUCCAGCCGAUAACGGCGCGUCGCAAGCUGCCGACAAAAAACCGAAUACCCGCCUAUUCCUACCGACUGUCGAGGGCGAACAAGCAGCAAAGGACAACUUUGCCGACGAAGACAAAGCCAAGAUUGUCCGAAUGGAAACGAUAGGAAGCAAACAAAACCAUGUGAUCCACUUCGCUACACAUGAAGAUGCUGAGCAAGCAUUGAAGCGCCAGAAGGGUAGUAUGAAGCAUGGCACCAAGAGUUCCAUCAGGGCUAGGUGGUUUGAAGAGCGCCCCAACAAUAAAAGUCGGGACAACGCAGGCAAUCAGGGUGCGGGCACAUGGCAAGCAAGCAAUCGUCAAAUGUCCAACACAGGACCACGACCUGGAUAUCAAAGCGGAGCCAGUGACAGCGAAGGCCGGGGACGGGGAGGAUAUCAAGGACGUGGGCGUGGGCGUGGGAACGAGCGUGGUGGACGAGGUGGUCGUGGAGGUCGUGGAGGGAGCAAAGCAGGGGAAGAAUCUUCAGCCAGUGCUCCUGCACAACAAGAGAACAAGGCUCCAGCGGCCGCAACCACUGCUCCGGCUACUUCUGGCGAGAAGCCAUGA